CUCGGCCAGCGGCGGCGACAGAGGCGGUAGUGGUUGUGGCUAAGGUGUGGGGAGGGAGAAGGUUGCUUUUUCUUUGGCGGUGCCGCUCUGCUGUUGCUGUGCGGCCCUACGAGCAUCUCUCGUUCCAUCCCGGGGGGAGCUGCUGGUAGCGCCAGCAAGGCUGCGGCCGUGCCCUGCUCGCGUUGCGGGCGGUGCGUGUGCGGCUGCCCGAGGUUGCAGGAGGCGACAGCAGUGGUGGAGAGGGAGGUCUCCCUCCCUCCCUGCGGCACCAUGAAAGCCGUCAGCCCUGUCCGGCAUCCCAGCCGCAAGACGCAGCCCGGCGUGGCGGGCGGCGGCGGGGGAUACCCAGCCCUGCGGUGCCUGGCCGAGCACAGCGGCUGCAAGGGGGGCCCGCCGUCGGGCGAGGAGCCGGCGGCGCUCUGCCUGCAGUGCGAUAUGAAUGACUGUUACAGCCGGCUGAGGAAGCUGGUGCCCACCAUCCCGCCCAAUAAGAGGGUCAGCAAAGUGGAGAUCCUGCAGCAUGUUAUCGACUAUAUCCUCGACCUGCAGCUUGCUCUGGAGACGCACCCGGCGCUGCUCCGGCAGCAGCAGCAGCCAGCCGCGCUGCACCCAGGCAGCUGUCCCGCGGGCACCCCCAGGACCCCGCUGACAGCUCUCAACACUGACCCGGUAAGAGGCUGGCUCUGUUAACAAGCCGGGGGACAGCAUCCUCUGCCGCUGACCGCCGCUCCCCAGGUGUGCGGCGGCGCCGCGCCGCGCCGAGGCACCGCGGGGGGCGGGCGGGGGUGGGGGCCGGCCCGGCCCCGCCACACCGGAGGAAGGAGCUCCCCCCACUCCUCCCAGCAGUUCCCAUGCUUCAUCCCGGCACUGGCAGCCUUUUCACCGUUUUUGCACGUCCGUAGCGGUCCCGUCCCCAUGUACCCCCCCAGCCCCCGUCUCUUCUCUUCGCCUCCAAGCAGAUGUGAGCGGUUGUCCCGCGGGGGCAGGAGCUGGUCGGACUGGAGCAGGAAAAGUUGCGACUCUGCCCCGGGAUAGAGGACCUGAGCCUAAACCCGACUUUAGAAGCAUUAUAACUCUUAAGAGACCGAGCAGCUGAAUCUUGAAGCUUUACUAAUCUACCAGAGCAUUUGUAGAUAUAUUUGACAUCUAUUGUUUAAAAUAGAUGGAUUUUAUUGGGGCCCAGGGAACUUUCUUCUCCCUGCAGUAAUGUUACAUAUUGUAUAGAUAAGUGACAUUUCAUACUGUGUAUAUAUAGAGAUGUUCUAUAAGUGUGAGAAAAGUAUAUGCUUUAAUAGACUACUGUAAUUAUAAAAUAUUUUUAAUUAAAUAUUUUUUGUAAAUAUUAUAAAGGUGUGUAUGUUUUGUUUUGGUUUUUUUUGUUUGU